ACCUCCUCUCUCUCUCUCUCUCUGUCUUUCUCUCUCCUCCAAUUCAGUACAAACCUUAAUAAAAGCCCACAUUUUCUUUGUUUUUCUUUGUUUUCUCCCUCUCAGCUCUGUGUCUUUUUAAAAAAAAAAAAACAACGAUGCCGUUUUGCGAGGUUAGAAAAACCCAGCAAGACAGCGAAGACACAGAGCUCAAUCACGACCAAAACAACAACAACAACAACAACAACAACAAUGGGACCAAAAUCUUUUACAGAACCUAUGGUCAUGGACCCACCAAGGUCCUUCUCAUCAUAGGAUUAGCUGGGACCCACGAGUCAUGGGGCCCACAGAUCAAAGGUAUGGUGGGAAGCGAUUUGCCCAAUGAAGAUGAAACGAGGAGCGGUGGCCGUGGCGGUGGCUGUGAUUGGAAUCCAAUUCCAGAUGACAAUGAGAGUGGCGGUGGCAUCGAGGUCUGUGCCUUUGAUAAUCGUGGAAUGGGUCAGAGCUCCGUACCCACCAAAAAAUCUCAUUACACAACAAAGAUUAUGGCAAAUGAUGCAAUUGCACUGAUGGAUCAUUUGGGCUGGAAAAAAGCUCAUGUUUUUGGACAUUCCAUGGGAGCUAUGAUAGCUUGCAAGUUGGCAGCAAUGGUGCCUGAAAGAAUUCUGUCUUUGGCUUUACUUAAUGUGACGGGUGGAGGUUUCGAAUGUUUUCCAAAGCUUGAUCUAAAAACUUUAUCCGUUGCAAUCCGUUUCUUACGGGCCAAAUCUCCUGAGCAACGGGCAGCUGUUGACUUGGACACCCACUACUCAAAGGAAUAUCUUGAAGAAUGUGUUGGACCUAACACAAGAAGAGCAAUCUUAUAUCAAGAAUAUGUAAAAGGUAUAUCAUCAACUGGAAUGCAGUCUAACUAUGGUUUUGAGGGUCAACUUAAUGCUUGCUGGACCCAUAAAAUGACACGAACAGAAAUUGAAUUGAUCCGUUCAGCUGGAUUUCUAGUUUCAGUCAUCCAUGGCAGGCAUGAUAUAAUUGCUCAAAUAUAUUAUGCAAGGAGACUUGCAAAGAAACUGCAUCCUGUUGCUAGAAUGAUAGAACUUCAUGGAGGUCAUCUAGUGAGCCAUGAGAGGACCGAAGAGGUCAAUCAAGCAAUUCUUGAGUUAAUGAAGGCAUCAGAAGUGAGUAUCAAUCCUAAUGAAUGGACUAAUUUGCCAAAGAAAAAGUCUGGGUGGAUAGGGCCAAGGGUGACAUUAAUCAGAAUAAACACAGAGAGAGGAAGCAAUAUCUCUAACGUGCUUUACAUUCUAUCAAGACUGAAUAUUUUCCUGUUAUACCUCUUUGGUCUCAUUUUUUUGGCAUUUGAGAAUGGACGAAGGUUUCUAAAAAGUUUAAAACCAGUUAAAGUUGGACCUUCCCUUGCAUCAGAUGAUAGUCAAUGAACCCAUGUUUUUACAGGGGCUUAUUGAUAUGUCACCCUUCCGUUACUUCAUAUACCAUAACAAGUGAUGAAUACUGAAUACACAGGAUUCAUAAAAAGUGAUGAAUACUGAAUACACAGGAUUCGUAAAACGAUUUUUUUAACAAAAGAUGAGAGGCUGACAAUCCGGCCAUUCAGAUUUUCAAAGCGAUUGGAGGCAAAAAAGGUGGGAGAUUGGGACAGCCAAUAUUUAGGCAGAUACCUCUCCCCUUGCUAUCGGUUCAUUUUUAAUUGUUUAUACUUACAAAAGAUGAUGUAGCAAAUUCCCUUGUGUCUAAUCUUCAACAAACUCAAUGCCCUUUUGAGUGGCAAUUUAUAAGAAGAAAAAAAAGGCUUCUUGA